UUUUUUUUAUUAUUAUUAUUUUUGUUUUUGAAAUUUUUGACUAGGUUGGCAACCCGAGCACACAACUGGCUUGGGCGAAAUAAAAAAGAGCUUUCCUUUAUAUUUCCACCGCCUCUCGUUCUCGACUUCUCUCUCCAUAUUUUCGCUUCCUCAUCCUUCAUUGCUUGCUCUUGCUUCACCGUCUGUCAACUCGCCGGAGCUGCUGCUUACUGUCGUCACACGACUCUCCAAGAAGGAAGAAAGAAUAGCAGUAUUGGCUGCCAUGGAGAACGGUCAAGUUCCAGAAAACGCCAAUGAACACUGCCCAGGUACUGAAUCAGACUCUGCUGGAAAAUCUGAUGCUUGCCAAGGAUGUCCAAAUCAAGAAGUUUGCGCUACUGCUCCCAAAGGCCCUGAUCCAGACUUGGUUGGAAUUGCAGAAAGAAUGGCCACUGUAAAGCACAAAAUACUGGUUUUAUCAGGGAAGGGUGGAGUUGGCAAGAGUACAUUCUCUGCUCAACUAUCGUUUGCUCUUGCAGCUAUGGACUUCCAAGUGGGGCUUCUUGACAUUGAUAUCUGUGGUCCAAGCAUCCCAAAGAUGCUUGGCCUUGAAGGUCAAGAAAUCCACCAGAGCAACCUAGGCUGGUCUCCAGUAUAUGUCGAGUCCAAUCUCGGAGUAAUGUCAAUUGGUUUCAUGCUUCCUAAUCCUGAUGACGCUGUUAUAUGGAGAGGCCCACGUAAAAAUUCUCUCAUCAAGCAAUUUCUGAAGGACGUUUACUGGGGCGAACUUGAUUUUCUAGUUGUCGAUGCACCUCCUGGUACCUCAGACGAGCACAUUUCAAUCACCCAAUACCUCAACGCCACUGGAAUAGACGGUGCAAUCAUAGUCACUACUCCACAACAAGUCUCCCUAAUAGACGUGCGCAAAGAAGUAAGCUUUUGCAAGAAAGUUGGAAUCCAAGUUCUCGGGGUUGUGGAGAACAUGAGCGGUUUGUCCCAACCGCUAAUGGAUUUCAAGUUUCUGAGGGUAACAGCGACAGGCGAGGAAAGAGAUGUGACAGAGUGGGCUAGAGAGUAUGUGAAAGAGAAAGCUCCAGAACUAUUAGAUGUGAUAGCUUCGAGUGAAGUUUUCGAUAGCAGCAGCGGGGGUGCCUUGAAAAUGUGUAUGGAAAUGGGAGUUCCGUUUUUGGGGAAAGUACCAUUAGACCCGCAGCUAUGCAAAGCAGCAGAAGAAGGUAGAUCAUGCUUCACUGGGGAGAAACUUGGUAUGGGUGCUCCAGCAUUAAAGAAAAUCAUAGAUAAAUUAAUGGAGAAUCAGGGGUUAUCUAAAAUGGUAAUUGAUAGCGUUGAAUAAAAGUGCUUCACCUAAAGGAAACAAUUUUUUUUGCUUUGCCAUUUUGUAUUUUUUAUUUUCGUUAUAUAUGAAUUAGUGAAAACCAAUGUUUUGAGCA